CUAACACACACACAAAAACAAAUAAUUCUGGUAUUUAGGUGCUCAAAUUUAUGUAGUUUUAUCCCUUUCCUAUUCUGAAAAUUGCAAGAAGUUUGUAGAAUUUUUAGUGUUUUGAUGGCUCACUGAUUAUUUCUAUAGUAUAGACAUAAUCCUCCAUUUAUAUUUCCAUUAAUUUCAAUCACAUAAUGAUUUUUCAUAUUGAAUGAGCCUUCAUUUCAUUGAUUUUCAGGUUUUGGUAUUUAAGUUUCUCACGCAGUUAAUAGAGGAACGUGACCUUACCGAUCAUAUUUCAUUACUUUGGAUUCACAAGUCAACCACUCUGCUUGCUUGCUUGCUUGCUUGCUUGCAGCUGCUAUCCUAACCUAAUUUUGACACAUUCAAAUCUCUCUCUCUCUGUAUUAUGCCUGUGAGUUAAUUUUGAGCAAAAUUUCUCUCUCUAAGAAAUAUAGAGGAAACUAUCGCUUCUCUCUCUAAAAGGGGGAACACCCUCUGUGUGUAGUAUGUCUGUGAGUUAAUUUUGGAGAAAAUGCAUCUCUUUUCAAGAAACAAAGAGACAAUGGUCUCUCAUCUCUCUAAAGAGUGAAUUCUCUCUUUCUCUAUCAAAUGUUUGUAUGGUUAUAGAUUGAGAAGCAUGAAUGUUGAACACAGAUGUCGGAAUGCUUCAACCGCAAAUGUUCGUUGCCGGGAAAAAUACCGUCGGGAUACUUCAAUUCGAUGUUUGGAUUCAACAGCGAUUCAUGGGCAACCGAUGCAGCACAAACAAAGAGCUUGGCCUUUGAUGGAUACUUUAUCCACCUCUACACCCUCACCCUCCAUCGCUUCCCUCUCGUUCUUCGCCACUUUGUUAAAAGUUCAGUCCCUGCAACUUGGGAUCCGGCCGCCAUUGCAAGGUUUAUUGAAAGGUUUGGGACGCACAUACUAGUAGGUGUAAGCAUUGGAGGAGAAGACUUGGUUUUGGCGCGUCAGGACCAUGGUUCGAGUCUGGAGACAUCUGAAUUGAAGAAGAACUUGGAGACCCUAGGAGACCAGCUCUUCACUGGCUCUUGUGCACUCUCUCCCCUCCAUUGGAAAAAGAAAGAAUACAAGAACAAGGUUCCUGAGGCUUUCAACAUCUUUGGGCCGCAGCCAUUGCAUUUCGAUGGAUUCUCACUUGCACAAAGACGAGACGGAGUUAGUGUGAUAUGUUGUAAGAGGGGAGGGGAUGUGAGCCUCCGGAGCCAUUGCGAAUGGGUUUUAUCAGUUGCCGAGAAUCCUGAUGCCAUUAAUUUUCGUUUCAUCCCCAUUACGUCCCUUCUUGAUGGAGUGCCUGGACAGGGCUUCUUGAUUCAUGCCAUUAACCUCUACCUUCGUUAUAAGCCCCCUAUAGAGGAUAUGCAAUACUUUCUGGAGUUUCAAUCUCACAAGAUAUGGGCCCCAAUUCACAGUGACCUCCCACUUGGGCCCUCAGCAAACAGGGCUCUACCAAACCCUUCACUUCAAUUCAAUCUAAUGGGCCCCAAGCUCUACAUCAGCAUCUCUCAGGUAACUGUUGGCAAAAGACCAGUUACAGGAAUGCGGCUUUAUCUUGAAGGCAAGAAAUGCAAUAGGCUAGCAAUCCACCUCGAACAUCUCAGAAACACGACACCGACACUUGAGAACCGAUUCAACGACACGACCAUGUGGCAAGGUUCAAUUGAGGGCAAUUCUCAAUACCUUGAGGCGAUCCAAAGGAGGACCUUCUCCCAUGUGUGCACAGCACCAGUUAAGUAUAAUCCUGACUGGACCACCACACCAAAAGGUGGUGCUUAUGUAGUCACCGGAGCACAACUUCAAGUGACAAAGCAUCAAGCCAAGAGUGUUCUUCACCUAAGGCUAAUGUUUCGACUGGUUUCCGAUUGCCAUGUAAGAAGGUCGGUUUGGGAACGUGGGACGGUGGUUUCCCGGAAGUCGGGAUUUCUCUCAUCAGUCAGUUCUUCGUUUUCGAGUUACCAAGAAAAGCCUAAGGAGCCAAUUGUUGUGGACUCAGGAGUAUUUCCGACAGGGCCACCGGUGCCCAAUGACGCACAAAAGCUUUUGAGGUUUGUGGAUGCUUCGCAUGUGUGCAAGGGGCCUCGUGAUAGUCCGGGGCAUUGGCUAGUCACUGGUGCUAAGCUAGACAUGGACAAGGGAAAGAUAUGCUUGCAUGUGAAAUUUUCCCUACUGGAUUGGGAAGAGGACAUGAGAUUUCUUUGAUGGAGCUUUUGAUAAUGGUGUUUUGUUCUUUCUAAUAGGGUCUGGGUAUUUUCAUGACUUAAGUGCAGUCUAAAGCACUUGGGGUUGCUAACUUGGUAUAAGAUUUUACUAAUCCAAUUAACCGAGUUCCUUGUACAAAUGAAAUUAAACUUGAGAAGCUAACAAUUGAAGAUUUUAAUAUUUAUUUCA